AUGCGACAUCUCAUCAUGAUCAACGUCGUAGCCGUAUGCCUCGUCCUCUCCACCCUGGCCGCCGCCGGCGUCUGGUCGCCCGCGCCUCCGGCCCCGGCGGUGCAGCAGCAGCAAGCUGAGCACGUCCUGCGGGAGGGCCGCCGCGUUGUCAUCGUCGAGUACGAGCGCGAGCUCCCGCACACUCCCGGCCACGGCGCCGCCAAGGAGACGCGGGUCCUGUACCCUCACGGCGCCCGCGACGGCGGCGAGGCCGAGGACGGCUCGCUGUCGGACAAGGCCAGGGAAGCGGUCUCUGAAGCGGCGGACAAGGCGUCCGGCGUGGCAGAGGAGGGCAAGGAGAAGCUGUACAAUGCCAAGGAGAGCACCACGGGCAAGGUGUUCGGCGCGGUGAGGCGCUGCAAGGACAGGCUCUGCGGCGCGGCCAAGGGGGCGGAGGACGGAGCCUCGCGCGUCAAGGAGGGCGCCGAGGACGCGGUGAGAGGCGCCGGCGAGACGCUGUCCGGUGCCAAGGACAGGGCCGAGGACACGGUGCUCGACGCUGCGUCCGGGGCGAAGGAAGCCGCGGCUACUGCCAGGGACAAGGUCGCCGGAGCAGCCGGCGAAGCGAAGGAGAAGGCGGCGCACAUCAAGGAUGGAGCGGCUGGAACCGUGAGGAAUGCCAAGCACAAGGUGUCUGAAGCAGCUGGCGAAGCCAAGGAGAAGGCGUCGCAGGUGAAGGACAAAGCAGCUGAAACAGUGACGAAUGCCAAGGGCAAGGUCUCUGAAGCGGCCGGUGAAGCCAAGGAGAAGGCGUCGCACGUCAAGGACAAGGCAGCCGACACGGUGACCAGCGCCAAGGGCAAGGUCUCUGAAGCCGCCAAGAACGCCAAGGACAAGGCCUCCGACAUCGCGGAGCGCGCCGAGGAUUACGCGGAGGACGCCGCGGAGAGCGCGGCCGAGAAGGUGGCGCGGGCCGAGGAGGUGGCCAAGGCGAAGGCCGGCGAGGUGAGCAAGAACCUGACGGACAUCCUGAGGCGGGCACGGGAGGUGGCGUCCGACGCGGGCGCGUACCUCCUCGGCGCGCCCAUGGAGGCCGCGCGCACCGCGAUGGCGAUGAUGCACCUGCUCGGGUUCGCCAUUGCCUACGGCACGUGCGUGUGGGUUACGUUCGUGUCGAGCCACGUCCUGGCCGCGGCGCUGCCCAGGCAGCAGCUCGGCGUGGUGCAGAGCAAGCUGUACCCGGUGUACUUCCGCGCCAUGGCCUACUGCAUCGGCCUGGCGCUCGCGGCGCACGUGCUCGGCCGGGAGCGCGGCUCCUUCGCUGCGCGCGCCCAGAGCUUCAACCUGCUCAGCGCCCUCGGACUCGUGCUCGCCAACAUGCUGCUCCUCGAGCCCAAAGCCACCAAGGUUAUGUUCGAGAGGAUGAAGGUUGAGAAGGAAGAAGGCCGAGGAAGGGACAUGGCCGACAUCAUCGACCCGCCGGCCGUCACCGUGGCAACGGCCGCCACGACGACCACGACAACCACACCCACGGCAGCAGGAGCCCGUAUCCCGGUGGACGGCACGGCGACUGUCAGGGCGGCGAAGACCACGACCACGAAGUCGCCGGUGACGGCCCCCGACGCGGAGAUGGCCAAGAGCAAGGUGGUGAGCCUGAGCAAGCGGUUGAAGCAGCUCAACGGCUACUCGUCUCUGUGCAACGUGCUGUCACUGAUGGCCCUCACCUGGCACCUCGUUCACCUGGCUCGCCGCCUGCAGAUGAGCACCGCCUGCUAG